GGCCCCUCCCCGACCUGGCCCCUCCCCCCGGCCCCGUCUCACGCGCUCGGACCCCGCAGGCCGGUGUUGGGGGCGGGGGCGCCCCAGGCCCGCCAUGCAGGUCGGGCCCCCGGGGUCCCGCGCCUCCCGCUGGCUGCGGCGGGGCACCGGCCUCCUGGCGCACCUGGUGGCGCUGGGCCUCACCCUCUUCCUGCUGCUGCUCUCCCGGCCCGGCACCAGUCUGUUUUCUUGGCACCCUGUCUUCAUGUCUAUAGCGUUCUGCCUCUGCCUGCCCGAAGCCAUCCUGCUCUUCUCGCCCGAGAACUCCCCCUUCUGCCUCUGCUCCCGUCUGGUGAAAGUGUGGCUGCACUGGACCGCGCAGACGCUGGUGGUCGUGGCUGCCUCACUGGGCCUGGGCUUCAUCGUCUCCAGCAAGAAUCGGAGCGAGCUCCCGCACUUGGUUUCCUGGCACAGCCUCCUGGGCGUCCUGACUCUGGCUGCCACCUGUGGGCAGGCUCUGUGCGGGCUUAGCCUGCGCUUCCCCCAGCUGCUGAGGAUCUCCGCUGUGGCACAGCUAAGGCUGUACCAUGUCACAUGUGGCCUGGUUGUGUGUCUGCUGGCCACCUUCACUGUAGUCCUCGGGAUUUGCUCUGAUUGGUUCCAGGCACAGGUCAAAGGGGUGGCUUGGUAUUUCUGCCUGGCAUUGCCCUUCUACCCUGCCCUGGUGAUCAUGAACCAGACCGCUGAUGUUCAGCUACCGAAGAAAAGGGUGCACGUUUGAGCUCCGGCCUCCCCUUCUCCUUGCACCUCUUCCCAUCCCGGGUCUGAGCUCCGGCCUGCCCACCCCCCUCUCUUUUCCCUCCCCCACCCCAGCUCCAGCCUGCCCAUCCCCAUCUCUUCUCCCCCACCACCCCUCUGAGCUCCGGUGUGCCCAUCCCCCUCUCUUCUUCCCUCCCCCCCAUACUCUCUGGGUCUGAGCUCCCACCUGCCCUUCUACCUUUCCACAAUGUACAUGUGCAUAGGGGGCACAUUCCUUCGCUGUCUGUACUAACGAGCAUUUCCCCUUGUGUGUUUAGCAGAGCUGCCCUGUGGGCGUAGAUCCUGAGCUCUCUGAUCACAGCUAAGAUAGACACUUCAUGUAUUUUUGUUCAGGUUUUGGACCAGGGUCUCGGUUUUGAGCUCCUGGCUCACACUGGAGUCCCUGCCCCUUAGCACUGCUGGUCCUGACCCGGAUGUAAAUGAGGCAGAAGAGCACCUGGGUGCAUCUGGCUGCUGGCAGCGUCGCAAUAGGCCCAGGUUCUCUUCAAACUGGAUUAAUUAUUGUUCCUAAUGUUACUCUGGGCUUCCCGUUGCCCUCUCCCCCUGCGACGCCCCCUGGCGCUGACCCAUGCAGACCCUUACAGAACCCCAGGCUUUUCCUAGGCGGGAGGGUUGGAUUCUGUGGUAGUUGGACCCCCCAAAGGCCCAGCAGGCUGAGGGAGCAGUUGGAAGGAUAUGGGGCCUUUUGCCUGGAUUCUCACCAGGGUGGGGUGUGAAAUGGGCCUGUGUGAGAUGAGUUGGUGAUCUAGCUGUGCCUGAGGCCUGCGGGGAAGCGCCAUAGACAGGUGGCAUUGGGCGUGGAAACUUUCACUGCUGCUGCCCAAGCUGGACCCAUCCAGUGGGUAAGCAAAGGUCUUGGCUCUGCAUGGUCAUCAGCACAGCCCCUUUGACAAGCACUGAGUUCACCUUAGCCAAGGACGUGGGGGGUCCCGGAGAGGUGGUUGCUUGGCACCCUCCACGUCCUGAGAAGCCGCUGUUUCAGAGGCCAGUUGCAGCACUUGACUUCUGCUUGUUUGUCCCCCACUGCAGUGGCAGGUCUGUAUCUGCGUGUCGCUUUGGGGCAGAGGCCCUGGGUUAGCUCAGUGGGUUGUAAUGGGAAAGCACCAAGAUUGCAGUGGCCCUGGGGUUUUCAUGGGCUGGGGAUGGCUUUGCAGGUGUGGCCUGGGGGCAGGUUUACUAGCUGUGUGGGCUUCAUAACUCUCAAUGACUUGGGCUUUGGACCUGGGCUCCGCUGAAAAUGUAGGUCAGCCUGGCUCCGGAGCUCGCGAGCACCACGGCUGUGCUGACCACCCCCCCCCGGUGUUGACACAGCUGGGGUGACGGAAACUGUUUUUCAUCAGGCUAGCUACCAUCGCCCGGGUAGGUGGUGUUCCUACGCCGAUGGAAAACCCCUUCCAGCUGUAGGCUGCGCUGCUGCUGCGGGGGUGUGUUGGCAUUGCUGCGGCGAUGGAGCUGUGUCGCGGUAGUCCCCUAGUGCAGACGUAGCCUCAGUCAGCAGCGAAGCGCCUAGGGUCGUGUUUGGGGUGGGAGCUGGUUGACUUCACUAUUCCCAUAUUUAGCCAUUUCAGUGGCAGGACUUGCGGGGGGGGGCAGCUGUCUCCAGUAUUUCCGGGAAGGUGCUUCACUGGCUUGCAUUGCACUUCCCUUUCCGGGGUGCUGGUACCACACUAACAGAACGUCCAGUGUCGUGCCCCCCACACCUCCCCCCGUGGGGGUUUCUCCUGCGACCCUCCGCACCGCAGCCCUGGCUAAAGAGUAGCUCUGCGAGGCUGCUAUCCCUCCUGAGGAUCAGCCACUAUGCUAGUGGGGUCCGCAUGCGGUGGGCCUGGGUGGGGGUGGAGCAGGGGCAAGGCAGAUGUGCUAGCAGGGGCGGAGACCCAUGGAAGGGCUGUGCGGUCCUUUGAUGGCUCUUGCUGUGAACAUGCUGCUGAAACCCUUCUGCUCAAUCCCACUUGACUGGAAAAUGGAAGAGUGUGCAAUUCCUUUGUGCACUUAGGGUUUGGUUGCCAGCUAUCCUUCCCCUCCCCAAGGACUCUUUCUGAAACCCCACCUGCAGGGUCACUCUAGAUUAGCCCUGCGAAGCCGGAGUGGGCAGCAGCCGGCAGGAGCAAUACUUGCAUCUCCCAAGCUCAGUACAUUCCUCCUUUUAGCUGCAUUCUGAGUGGCUCCGGCUCACUUAACCCAGCUGAAUCCCCUCUCUCUGCUGUGUUAUGGGUCCAAAAAGCCAGGCCAAGUCCAUGCCUUGCGAGCUAAAGGCAUUGGCUUUGGGAAUGUCUUUCAGGGAGCUAAUGAAGUGCAAUCCUAAAUGCUGACAGCCACAUUCCUGUCUGGUUAUACGGAGCCUUCCACAUGCUGGGUGCUUCCUGGCGUGCCGUGGGACAGCCACGGCCACCCCGCCCUGCCCUGUGAGCUCAGGCUUUGGAUGCUGGGGACACAAAACAUGUAUGUACAGCUGCACUCCAGCUGAGAGCCAUUGGGGGGAACUUUCCACCUCAUGGGAGCUGGAGACCCCCACCUAACUGUCUCCCUGCAGCACUGGUCAGAAUCAGGACUGAGCUUUUCCUUAGGGCAGAGCCAAGCACCAGGAUUGUGCCCUACAUGUCUGUAGCACCUCACACAAUGGGGUGCUGACCUUGGGGAGGGCCUCUGGGCACUGUACAAAUACCAACCUGUCCCUGCAUUGUGUUGGGAUGGAAACCUGUAUAAAGCAGCUGUUUUCUCUGAGAUCACUUCUUGGGAGAGCUUCAGUCUGGGACCUUGUUCUUACAGGUUCCAUCAGCAGCUGCUGUCCUCAGAGAUGGGCCAGGUAGGGUUGGGGUUUGUACAGUCGCACAUUGUCUGGCUCACCAUCGCAUGCAGCAAGCCUCACGAUAUCUCACUCCAUAGACCUCCUUGUGGCACAUCUUGUUAUAGAUCAUAGCAGGAGUGGAAAUAAACCAGAAGCGCUGCAGCCUGGGGGAGAGGGAGAGCAGACAGAUGAGUGGCUGCGUUGGACUGAAGGUUGCUAGGGCAGACGGAUUAGGAGGGGUGCAGAUGGAGUGAAGGCUCUCUGGGCCUCUGAUCAUAUCCCACACCUGCUGGGUUUUGCUGUUCAGACUUUGAUUCCAGCUUGCUGAGCAAGCCAGCAUUCUGCCCUUGUGAUUGCCAGCUUCGGGGGGAGGGGAGAAAGGGGGUGGCUGUGGGGACGGGUAAGAGAAAAAGUUCAUCUAAUUAGAGGUGUCUAAAAGGCACAGAAAAAUUUGUCAGCAGCAUGGGGUGGGAGGGAGAGACCGUGAGCAGGAUUUGGAUUCUGUUUGAAACACAAUAACUCCAGUGGAAGAGGGUCACAGGUGAAUAGGGCACAAAUGGUUCAUUUUCCAUGAUCUCAGUCUCCAGGUUACUUUAGAUCACGCUGUGGCAGAGGCCUCGUCACCCUGCUAUUGCUUUCGUUGUCAGUCCUCUGCCUUUCAAAUAGCAUUGUAAUGGGUAAGAAGUGUUUGGCAUCUGUGUGGCUGGUGCGUUUGUAUGUGCUCUUAGCCUGUGUUGUGUGUUGAAUACACAGCCCUGCAGUAAUUGGGGCCCAGUCAUGGAAUGUAAUUCUUGUGUGUAACAAUGAAACCUCAGUCAAUCCCA